GCCGCAGCCGCCGCAGCCCGUGCGCCCCGCGCCCCCGCGCACCAUGGCCAAGGAAGGCGUGGAGAAGGCGGAGGAGACGGAGCAAAUGAUCGAGAAGGAGGCAGGCAAGGAGCCGGCGGAGGGCGGCGGCAGCUCUCACCGCCUCGGGGACGCCCAGGAGAUGCGCGCCGUGGUGCUGGCCGGCUUCGGGGGUCUCAACAAGCUGCGGGUCACCAGAAGGGCCAUGCCCGAGCCGCAGGACGGCGAGCUCAAGAUCCGCGUCAAAGCCUGUGGUUUAAACUUCAUUGACUUGAUGGUGCGACAAGGAAAUAUCGACAACCCUCCCAAGACCCCCCUGGUGCCAGGAUUUGAGUGUUCUGGGAUUGUUGAAGCUCUGGGGGACAGCGUGAAAGGAUUCGAGAUCGGGGACCGUGUCAUGGCAUUUGUCAACUACAAUGCCUGGGCAGAGGUGGUCUGCACGCCAGUGGAAUUUGUCUACAAGAUCCCAGAUGACAUGAGCUUCUCUGAGGCUGCUGCAUUCCCCAUGAACUUCGUCACAGCCUACAUGAUGCUGUUUGAAGUUGCCAACCUCCGAGAAGGGAUGUCUGUGCUCGUACACUCAGCUGGUGGCGGCGUGGGCCAAGCGGUGGCUCAGCUGUGCUCCACUGUCCCCAAUGUGACUGUCUUUGGAACAGCUUCUACUUUCAAGCAUGAAGCCAUCAAAGACUCUGUGACCCACCUCUUUGACAGAAACGCAGACUACGUGCAGGAAGUGAAAAGGAUCUCUGCUGAAGGAGUGGACAUUGUUUUGGAUUGCCUCUGUGGGGACAACACUGGAAAAGGUCUCAGCCUUCUCAAACCACUGGGAACCUAUAUUCUAUAUGGUUCAUCCAACAUGGUGACUGGAGAGACCAAGAGCUUCUUUAGCUUUGCAAAAUCAUGGUGGCAGGUGGAGAAGGUGAACCCCAUCAAGCUAUUCGAAGAGAACAAAGUCAUCGCCGGGUUUUCCCUUCUAAACCUGCUCUUCAAGCAGGGCCGUGCUGGCCUCAUUCGAGGCGUGGUGGACAAACUCAUUGGGCUCUACAACCAGAAAAAGGUCAAGCCUGUGGUGGACUCCCUGUGGGCCCUGGAGGAGGUGAAGGAGGCCAUGCAGCGGAUCCACGACCGAGGGAACAUUGGCAAAUUAAUUCUGGAUGUAGAAAAGACCCCGACUCCACUGAUGGCCAAUGACAGCACAGAGACCAGCGAGGCAGGCGAAGAAGAGGAGGACCACGAGGGUGACAGCGAGAACAAGGAGAGGAUGCCCUUUAUCCAGUAACCUGGGACCCAGGCAGGAGGAUGUGAAGGAUGCUUUGGAGGAAGAGGAGCUGGCUGAGAAAACUCUUCUGUGCCCCAGUGAACAAAUGCUGUAGUCCAGUGUGUGUUGUGUUUGUCUGCUGUCAGCUGAGCUAAAAAGCUGUUGAUCACUGUUGUUUUUGAAAUUAAGUGCCAAUCCCAUUCCAUGCAGUAUUAUGUCCCUGUUAUGUCCCUCUCCCAUCUGUGUGUUACACUCUCCCCUCUCCCCUGUUUCAAAACCAUCCAUCUUUGGGUACUUCUCGACAGUUCUAGAACAGCCUUGCAAAUUGAUACAAGCCCACAGGUCCAAUGCUUAAGAGACCAGACAUGGGCAAAGACAAGUUUAAACUGAAAGGUGUUAUCACGGAGCACUGUCCUAGAAGUCUUCUGGCCAAUGACACUUUCUGCUGCCAGCUGCCCAUGCUUCCGAUAAGAGCACUUGCCAAUUUGGCUGGCAGAAAGAGGGUAGGCCAGGAGAUGUUUUCAUGAGCCUGUAAGUUUAGGAUCUCUCCAAGUUGUACUUUCUUUCUUCCCAUUGAAGAGGCAACCUCCUUACAUCCAUUCAGGUGUUUCAUGGUCACAAGUUGAGCCAACUUCCUCCCACCCUCUGAUGCUUGACCCCUUCACCGAUUCUUAACCAUAAACAUAGGGAAACAGAUGCAGAUUUUUCAGGGUAGAAGGUGGGUCAACAGCAAAAGUGUGAGGACCAGCCACAGAGAUUCCUCCCCUGAAACCACAUCUCAUGAGAAAAAUCCUCUCCCCCCCUGCCCCAUAGAUAUUUAAUUUAAGAAAACUCACCAGGUGUGGGACUAUUUCAGUCAUUACUGAGACGCGCCCAUGUUUGCACACUUGCCAUUGGCAUCACCGACUUUGCUAUUUUCAUUUCCUGGUACUGAAUAGCAACCUUUACCUUGGAUCCCCCCCCCCCCCCCAGGAAGAUCUCCUUUGUAGACCAUAUUUGGGGGAAAUAAUCAACGAGUAUCUUUUUUCUUGCCAAAGCAUGUUUCAAUGUGUAACAAACUCUAGUGAUACAAAAGGUCGAUGUUUAGUACCUGAUGCCAAAUAUGCAUUCCUCUCCUCUGAAAUAUAAAAUUAUGGUGCAGACUCUUUGCAAGGCCCUGCUUUUUAGAAAUCAGGGACCAAACUACUUGAUCGCAUGCCGUUGAUUAAUUUUCCAGCUCCCAAACUCCUAAGAAGCCCACU